AUGGCGGAGCGGGCAGCCGUUAUUUUCCUCUUCGCCCAGGAGAAGCUGCUCUUCCGCUACCCGAUACGCAACCCCUUCAGCAUCAACGCCGGCGGCGGCCCUGCGGGGGGGCGGGGGACGUCACCCGCGGUCCCAGCGGACACCACCGCCGCCGCCGCCGCCGCGGCGAAAACAACAGAGGCGUCGCCGCAGCAACAGCCGCAGGGAGAGCAGGAGCUGCAAAAACAACCGCCCCCUACUGCCGCGCCGGCUGGGGUGGGGGUGCGACGAAAGCGCCGCAACACAAAGCGCUCACACCCAACCCCCGCGCCGGCAGCAGGCGACUCCAAGCAGCUCUCCGACGCCGACGGCCAUGAGGCGGCGAAGGCGUCGCACUCGGCGACCCACGCGGCAUCGCGUGCCGGCCACAGGUGGAGCAGCAGCAAGAGGGGCAGUCACGGUGAGGCAAGGGAAGACGAUGAUACCUGCGUGGGGGUGCAAACAACGGUCCUUGUCCACCUGCUGCGUGGGAGAUUCUCGAGCUGCACAACAAUUCAGUUCGCCGGGGGAACGUUUCUCAUUUACCCGCUGCUUCCUAGCAACGUCAAGGGUCAGAGGCUCGAAGCCGACGAGCCGAUGCGCCCCCGCAACCGUGCCGCAGACGACGGCCCCGUCGACGUGGCCCGCAGUGACGCCGAAGACGACAACAACGAGGACGAGGAAAUUGGAAAAGAGGGAGGCGAGGAGGAGGAAGAAGAGGAAGAGAAAAAAGGGAGGCGGGCGAAGCUCAAUAACCAGCCGGCCGCCGCUUCGCACGGGGUUGCGCUGGUUGUCGCCAUGAAUCAACCGGACCGGGGGGACGGCGCCAUUGCGAACCUGGUGCAGGUGUUUAUGAAUGUGCUGGUGCGAGAGGAGCUGCGCUCGCGCUACGCCACAGAACAGGUGCUGCGGAUGGAGCGGCGCAUGCAGGCGUGGGAGAUGAGCGGCGACGACGGUGACCUCGCCAAGCACGACGCCCCGCCUUGCCACGGUCGUGGCGGAAGAAAACGCCUGUCUGCGUCGGAGAGGUUUGCAGGGCUGUUGAAGGACGCGGAGCUUUCGCUCUGUCGCGAGAUUUCCCUCCUCGCGCAGCACAUCGCCGCCGUCAAAGACAACGGCAAGACGAACGAUGCUGUGGUGCCUCCAAAGUCCUAUCCAGCUUUUGGAUCACCUCCGCCCCAUCGCGGCGGUGUUGGAAACAGCAGCAGCAGCAGCGCCAGCAGCGGCAACAACAACAACAACAAGCAAAGGAAUACAAUUAUUAGUGGUGGCGGCAACGCAAACGCUGGCUGUGGCGCCGGCGUGGCUCAAAGUGUGGGCAGGGUGACGGAACUUGUGGUUCGUGGACUAUUUACUCUGCCCGUGGCAUCCAUCCUGGGGCAGCGCAGGCCCGCACCGUGCCACGCGCCUGCCUACGUGAAGCAAAAUCCAAAUCACCUUGUGACACUAGAAGAUCCCUAUUUUGUCGAACGUCUGGCAAAACCGUACGCUGAGGCUGUUGGCUGGCGGGCGUCACAGUUGCUGCCGCUGAGCAGCAUAUUCGCCGCCCUUGGCUCACUCCCCCGGCCAUGGCGCAUGGGCGGGUUGUACCGCGCCCUGGAACGGUGCUUGGCAAGUGCCCUCCACCAGCGUCAGACGGUGAAGCAGCAGCAGCAGCAGCAGCAAAUGAAAUUACCGACUGGAGGCAGCAGUACGGCCCGCUUUGGGUGGAUGCGCACGGAGGAGAGCUUUAGCCAAGAGGGUGGCGGCGUCAACGCCCUUUCCCUGGAGGAUCAAAGCUCCAGGUUGGACGGUGAUGUUCUCAUCGUAGAGGCGGUGGAGUUUCUGCGCUUGAGUGGGGCGCUGGCGGUAGACGACGAGAUAACUGUGCUCUUCACGCAUGGUGACCUCUUUCAUGAGGCAGGUACGCCGCACCUCUCUCGCCAGAAGAAGGGGGGCGCCGAUGCCGCCUGUCCAUUAUGCCCCCCGAUGCUUGCGGUAACAAAAGUGUUCUCCCAGCAGGAUGAGGCGCACCCAAAGUUGAGGCAGCCGCCGGUGGCCCCUGCGUCCAUGGUAGGAUUAUUGGUCUUCGAGGGAAUGCGGUCGUCAAGUGGCACCUCACUAGGCGGUUACGGCGGUGGAUUGCGAACCCCGUUCUUUAGCGCAGACGAGGUGGCUGACACGCCGGCAUCCGUGCCCGUGGUGGCGCUGAAGACCUCUGCGCCGUCAACGCCGUCGUCGCCCCCAGUGUUUUCUUUGCCUAGCACCGGUGGGGCUGACGCUCCCCAGUUGGAGGUGUACUGUGCCUGGGGAAAUGCGUGCCCCAUAUGCGAGGAGUUGGCCUCCGCCCCGCACGCUUGGCGUGUGGGCAACUCGCCGAUUCGCUUGUCGUUUCCGUUUCUCGCCCCUGCCAUUGCGGAGGCCGCGGCAUGGCGUGGCCGGCAUGGCGCCCGCCCCAUCGACCCCGAGUGCUGUCGCCUGAUGGCCGACCAACGGCCGUGGUUCACACGCGCCAAGGCGUUUGCGGCGCCGGCGGCCCAGCCGGAGGCGACUCCGGUGCAAAUGUACCGCCACCUCACGCGCGGCUGCGGGGACGCGGCGGCGCAAAAAGCGCAGGACGCCGUGAAGGCAAGCAGCGGCUACUCGUCAGUUUGCCGCACGGAGUCCGGGGGGUGCACAAAACAGAAUAUUCCAACGAAAGAUGAGAAGUGCACGGCCAUCACGCCUGGAAGCACACCGGUGGCGGUGCGGGAGUGGUUGGCAGAGAAUCGCGGCGCGAUCGAGGGCCGCCUCGCGGACGCGCUGAAGCAGCGGCAGUUAUUGGAGGAAAACGCCAAGCAGCUGGCGGAGCAGCGCGCUGCGGCGGCGACGGCAGCGGUGGAAGCGGCAACAGCAGCGGCUUGCUCGAAUGCGGGUGGCGGCCACAGUCAACAGCGCCAUUUUCCAUUGGCGAGUCAACGGUACCACAAGCGGGUUUUUUUCUCCCCGACCUCCAUUCCUGGCUUCACCGGCGAACUCCUUCCGCUCUCCCCAUCCUCCCUCACCCCCUCCCAUGCCUCGUCCUCCUCGCUGCGCCCUCACCAUGUAGGUUGGGAUGGCCAGCCUCUUCCUGUGACACGUCUGGUCGGUGCUGAACGCGUCGUUCCAUUUGAGGCUCUCAUGCAGUUUGUCUUGCACCACACGGUGGCACUACUUUGGGGAAAACCGGGCAUCGGAGUGGAGACGUUGCUGUACUUGCUGGAGUGCAACCUUCGCCGCCUAAGGCCCUUCUUGACACACUACGCCUAUCUGCACCAACUGUCGGCCGCCGCAGGGCCCAAUUGCGCCACGGCCGUUCUCAGUGCUACCGCGUCGUGCUCCUCGGAGCAGGCGGUGAGGUCUGCCUCUCCACGGUCUGUGCCGAACUCCUGCAACGCAGUCCUGGGACGUAGGUCAUGCCCUCCAACUCCUUCCACGCAGGAAAAGGAGGAGAGGAGGCAACAAAAAAGGGAGGGUGUAGAAGCAUUAUCGAGCUUGGAGCAACAACUGUUGGAGGCAUACACCGUGUUCACGGAGCUCUCUCUUAUGGAUUUGCUGCGGCAGUUGCAUGGGAUGACGGUUGAGGUGGUGCCGACGCGCCUGCUGCUGCACGCCGUUGUGAAUGCCUUUGCGGAUGUUCUGCUCAUAGGGGGAGGGAAUGGUGGCAGUGCCGGUGGUGACUAA